GGCAGCACCUGUAAAGUCCUGAAAGCCGCAGCUGGCUGCUUGUUGUUGUUGUUGGAGGAAGCAGCGGUCCGUUAUCAGCAGGGUGUGUUGCUGACAGAGUCGGAGGAGCCUGGUCGUGUUUCUACAGACUGCUGAGAGAUGUACUACUAUCGCUAUGACAACGCUGAGGUCAGCUGCUGCUACAAAUACCUGAUGUUCAGUUACAACAUCAUCUUCUGGCUGGCUGGAGCUGCCUUCAUUUCAGCUGGUUUCUGGGCGUGGAGUGAAAAGGGAGUCCUGUUGGAUCUGACCCAGGUGACUCGGCUGCAUGGUUUCGACCCAGUCUGGUUGGUCCUGGUGGUGGGCGGAGUCACCUUCAUCCUGGGCUUCGCCGGCUGUGUGGGGGCUCUGAGGGAAAACAUCUGUCUGCUGAAGUUUUUUUCCGGCGUGAUCGGCUUCAUCUUUAUCCUGGAACUGACGGCGGCGGUGCUGGCGGUGGUUUUUCAGAGCCAGGUCCGAGAGUGGAUUAACGGCUUCUUCCUGGCAAACAUCAAAGCGUACAGAGACGACAUUGACCUGCAGAACCUCAUCGACUCUCUGCACAGGAUGAACCACUGCUGUGGAGCUCAGGAGCCAGACGACUGGGAUCAGAACGUUUAUUUCAGCUGUAACGGGACUCAUCGCAGCAGAGAGAAGUGUGGGGUUCCUUUCUCCUGCUGCAUCAAUGAUCCUGCGGACUCGGUGUUGAACACUCAGUGUGGCUACGACGUCAGAAACAGACCAAAGGCUGAGUGGAGUAAUCACAUCUUCACUAAAGGCUGCAUCGCUGCGUUGGAGGACUGGUUGCCUGGAAAUCUCUACACCGUGGCCAUCGUCUUCAUCGUCAUCUCUCUGCUGCAGAUGGUGGGGAUCUACCUGGCCAGGACUCUGAUCUCCGACAUCGAGAAGGUCAAAUUCAGCUACUGAUGCAGGAGGCGGAGUCUUCCCUGCGUGGGUGGAGUCUUCCAUUUGUGGGCGGGGUAUUACCUGCAGGGGUGGAGCUUCCCUCAGGUGUUGGUGGACCAAGUUUCUUCAGUCAGACGUGCCUUCUUCUUCUUCUUCUUCUUCUUUGGUAGUUGCAUCUGCCUUCAGUCUUCUUCAGAUGAUCUCGUUGCUAGGGUAACUGCAGACAUGGCGUCGUGGUGAAUGCGUGGAGCCUCCGUGGAGCCUCCGUAGUCCUGAAGGAGGGUGUGUUCCUGGGUAAAGACCAGGUCUUUCUGGUCUUGGGGCUCCUUGAGAAUGUGACGUUGUGUUGUUGUUGUUGUUGUUGUUGUUGUUUUUAAAAUGAAUUUUUUUAUAUAUUGUUGUUGUUGUUGUAUUGUGGCUGCGAGUUUCGUCAGCUAACAGACCUGUGCCUGCUCUGUACCAGACUGCCUUCACUUUUCCUCUCGUUUAAGAACCAACACGAACUGCAGCUUCAGGCCUCCCUGUGAAUGUUUAAUGAACCAGUGUGACCUUUGACCUGAUUGGCUGUUUACCGUUCAGUGCCUCCUCCGUCGUCGUCAUCUUCAGGGUGAACUCAGGUCUUCUUGUGUCUCUGACCAAAGUAUUGUCCUCACUAUUGAUCGAUCUAAAUGAGUCAUUCAGUCUGCAGAACCGGUUCAGUUCCUCAGUCGGUCAUUUCAUUGAUUAUCCAAAUAGUUGCGGAUCAGUCAAUUCACUCAUCCAUCAUCAUCGUUGUUUCAGUGAUUUAAAAGAGGAAAUGAACCUCCUGCAGCAGAACGUGAUGUUCCUGUAAUUGGCCACAAAAUAAAACCCCUAAACGAUCAGUCAGUGGUUGAUUGGUAAACAUGUCGUCAUCGUCAAUAAUUAGAUAAAGUGGUAAAUGUUAAGUUCAGAAACCACAGAAGAAGAAUCCGUAAAGACAAAUCGCCAUCUCAGCUUCAGAUCAUGUGAUCACGUGUGGACUGAAUAUGAAGACAAAGAACUUUAUUGACACUGGAUUCAUGUUAACACUCUUUGAAUAAAUAAAGCUUAUUGUUGAAAUAUUUUGUAUGAAUAAAGACCUCUAGCCAAUCAGAGCAAACCAGAGAAACAUCUGACUUCCUGCUUUUACUGAUUAAUUUUUCUGUUUCAUCAUUUUAAUGAUUUUAUUCCGAGGAGAUUCUGUUUUUAUAUUCAACAAAAUAAAAGUUUGCUC